AUGGCAAUUACCAAAGCGAACCCGCACAUCACGGUCCAGUUCUGGGCCAAUGGCCAAGCAGCCCGCGAAUACCAGGACGAGUACAAUCAGGACAUGCCUGCUUCGGUCACAAAGUCCGUCCAGGCUACAACUGGUGCGGAAUACUAUAUCCAAUACAGUAUUAGCGCGCAAUUGCAGGCCAAACAUGAUCUCCUCGUCACCACCUAUGUGGACGGCAGAAAUGGAGAUUCGCAUGUUAUAACAGCCAAAAAUACAAGCAUUCGAUCUAUCCCAUGGCCGAUAAAGGGUGUUCGAGAGAAGACGAGUGUCGGAAAUUUCUUGAGAAACUUCGUCUUUUCUGACGUCCAGACUGAUGUUGGACCACGAGAGGCUACUUUGGCAUACACUAAAACGUCGGUCACUGAAUUGUACGGUGGAAAGCCUUUCGUGGAGUUCAACUUCAAGUACCGCUCGAAAAAAGAACUUCAAGUGAUGCACGUCAUUCCGAGAAGCCCGAACCCCGUUCCUCUCAAGACUCGAGACGUAGAUUCAUUAAGUCCGGAGGAGAUGAGGGAGCUGAUUCGGCGACAGAAAAGAUCUAACGACAUGGCAAUCCUGCCUCGCUACCCUGGCUUUGAGGUCACCGUGGAGGUGGGUGGCAUUCCACUACCAGAGCACGCUUCCGCCCAAGCCGAAGAUGCAUCUAUAGAGGUCACUUCCGUUGAGGCGAAUGCGACACACAACGAUGACGCGGAUUCUGUGCCUGCAUCUACUCGUUUGGAAGCUACAAGCAUCGUCAAAUAUGUCGAAAGUCCGCUAUCCAGCGAGUUUACCAUACGAUACAAGUGCAUGCCUGGCUUCGGCUACGCUUCGGAUCAUAUAUACCUGGAACCCUCACUCGACGGCAAGGCUGUCCUCAUACCGGAUCUGCGCUACAAUCCCAAGGAUGGAUGUGAUAGCCAGGUCUGUUAUGGCGGAGAAUCGUGGCAGGGCGACGCCAUGCGCGCACAGAGGUUUAGAUUUGCGGAACUUGACAUCGUGGAGGAUCAGUCCACAGAAAAGAUGCGGCGCCGAUUUCUGGAUCACGGAGAGAUCAAGCUGGAUUUCUUCUUCACAGACAAAGGACACACGGUUGCGGUUACAGACCUUCCUCAGCUGGCAUUCGAGACUAUCGAUACAUCAGUCAGCGCGAAGGCAGUCAAGGAGACCCUGGCCACGACUGGAUACAUGCCGGCGCAGUCAGUCGGACUUACCCCUGCUGUAGACAAGAUAGGCGGCCACUUGGAGGAAGUGAAGACCGUGGGGAAGCUCGACGCUCUCCAGGAUCUCGGCGUGAUCCCCCGUGCCCUACCUCCCACACCGUCCCGAUCCCCGACCCCGCUUCUAGAGCGAGACGAGAACGACAUGACACUGGAAGAACUGCGUCAACUUUGUGGAAAGCUCAGGCAACAGCGACAAGACCAAGUGCGUAUCAAGCGGGAGCGAGGUGAUUCCAACGAAACUGUGGUGGAUGACAAUGAGCUGCAGUGGAUGGGGACCCAACCAUGCGCGAAGAAGCUCCGUGCUAUGCCCACCGCGAGCGAUGAGGUGAUAGAGCUGGACGACUGA